ACGUCGUUGCUACCCGGACGUGUUUACUUGGAACGCCGCCGUUCGUCCGUCCGUCAGUCAAACAGGCACACAAGUAGCAGGCAGCUAGCUAGCUAGCUCGCUCCGCCUCGCUAGCCUCUGCAAACAUUCGCGGGCAAGAUGAGCACCAAGCAGGUCACCUGCCGGUACUUUCUGCAUGGCGUGUGCCGGGAGGGCAGCCGCUGCAUGUUCUCUCACGACCCGUCCAGCAGCAAACCCUCCACCAUCUGCAAGUUCUACCAGAGAGGAGUCUGCGCCUACGGGGAGCGAUGCAGAUACGACCACAUCAAGCCGUCCUACAGGGGAGGAGGCGGAGCGUCAGACGGCAAGGUCGGCCCCGGAGGCGGAGCUCCGCUCAGAAAACCCACGAGAGACGCCCAAGGUCGAGGGGGCGAUGAGCAAGCGGGAAGAAGCGCGGGAGGCGAGUCGUUCACGUUACAUGUGCCCCCGGCAGGACCUCUGGACGGUGUUUUUGGGGGUCCUCCGCCUCUAGGCCCGGGUCCCGAGGCGUCGACGGCGUCUCCCCACUCCUACGUGGACGCCAUCCGAACGGGCCUGGAAGCGUCUGCGCCCGAACAAGCCCCUCCCCAGAUGGGCGGAGCCUACCGAGAUUUUACCCAGCUGUGCCCGUACGCUGCCGCCACUGGCAGAUGCUUCUACGAGGGCGACUGCCCGUACCUCCACGGGGAUCGCUGCGAAGUGUGCCGGCUGCCUGUGCUACACCCGCACGACGCCGAGCAGAGGCGGGCCCACGAAAAGAUGUGUAUGCUGGCCUUCGAGAGAGACAUGGAAAAAGCCUUUGCUGCGCAGCUCAGCCAAGACAAGGUGUGCUCCAUUUGCAUGGAGGUGGUGGUUCAGAAGGCAGUCCCGUCGGAGCGCCGCUUUGGAAUUUUGUCGGCGUGCUGCCACGUCUUCUGCCUGGCCUGCAUCAGGCAGUGGCGAUGCACGCGCAACUUCAGCAACAAGAUCAUCAAGUCAUGUCCCGAGUGCCGUGUGGUGUCAGAGUUCGUCAUCCCGUCGGUGUACUGGGUGGAGGAGCAGGAGGACAAAGAUAACCUGAUCGAACUCUUCAAAUCCGGAGUCAGCAAGAAGGCGUGCAAGUACUUCGACCAGGGCCGCGGCUCGUGCCCCUUUGGAGCCAAGUGUCUCUACCUCCACGCCUUCCCGGACGGUAGCCGGGCGGAGGCAGACAAGCCGCGCAAGCAGCUGGGCUCGGAGGGCAACGUCCGGUUCAUGAACAACGUGCGUUUGUGGGACUUCAUCGAAGAGCGCGAGCAGCGCCCUCGGCCGCCGGCGCCGGACGACGACAUGGCCGAGCUGCGCGAGCUCUUCAUGCAGAUGUCGGCGCCGGGAAACGAUGGGCCCGAGACGCCGCCGGAACCGCCUAGGCAGUAGGAGGUUCCGGCAGGCCGGCACCGAAAGAGAGACAAAGGCCGCCUUUGUUGGCUAAAGACGCUCGGUGUGUUUGUAGACACUAGUCAGGUUUGAGCGCCCGGCCGCAAUGGGGCCGUCUGCUGCCUGCGAGACAGGCUGGCGUCAGUUAUUUAAAAAUGUCAUCACAAUGUGGGCGAUAAUUGAAAACGUCACAACAAAGUGGCAAAAUUGGAUAAACCAGCGUAGCUAUGGCUAACCCUAACCCCAACUACAUUCUCAACAACUUGUUAAUGACUUUAAUGGGUCUGACUAUAUAAUUCCGUUCAAAUUGGAAUGUUUAGUAGGGUUGUAGGGUUACCUUUUUUUGGCUCCAGAUACCAGAUUCCGACACCCAGCUAUGUGGGGUCAGCUGAUGCUGUAUCGUUAUGUUUUUUGGGGGGAGAAAUUAGACAAGUUAUCUUUUUAAUAUACUAUACAUGACUGUAUGUUCUCUUGACUGUCAAGUCAUUGCCAUCAUGGCUUGGUCAGACACUGCUCAACUCACUGGCUGCCAUUGUUUGCAUAAAACGUCAAAUCCAUUUCAAGCUGAUGGGCUGGCAGCAACUGAAUGAACAACUUAGUGCCGUAUCGGUGCAACAGUAGUGUUUAGGAGGACAUUUAUGUAAUGCUGGCACUUUGUUGGCGUGUUUUUGGAUCGUGAUGGUUGGCGCUUUAUUGUGACGUAAACAAAUCACGCCCCAUUUUAAACUGUGACGUAUGAAAUUCACACCCCGGUCUGGCAAGCUGCAGACGGAUAGUUGGCCUGGCCUGGCCCGCCCCGGCCUUUCCUGUCUUCAUGUUUUUGUCCGCACACAAAAUCCUCAUGGUAAUAAAAAAAAAAAUAAUAAUAAUAAAAAGCUCCUGAAAGCACACGCGACAACGAGCAAAAGCUUCUUGCGUCCUUUACUUCAUCGUACUGUAUUUUCCUCAGUUUUUUUCUUUUUCUAAAAAAAAAAAUGUUUUAAUUAUCUGACUUUGGUGUGUUGCUUUCUUUUCCAUUUCUAUAGUAUUGCAUUUUUUCUUUGUGUAUACCCACGGUCCUAAAUUUUGAGACUUCACCAUCCAAUUGAAUGAGAAAGUGUCUCAAAACUUUUGAGCAAAGGUGUACUUUCUUCCUCAGUUUUAUUUUGCUAACUUUGUUUUGUCGUUUUCUUUGACGUUUCUGUUGUGUUUCCUCUAUCUGUGCCCGCGGUUAUACGUUUUGAGGCUUUACACCAUUCAGAUGAGCGAGUCUCAAAACUUUUGAUCAAGGUUGUACAUUUUUUGUUUUUGUGUUUUUUUUUUUACCCCAUCUCACUUUUUCCAUUUCUGUUUUCCCGCCCGCAGCUGUCGCCGUACGGGACGGCGGCUCCCAUAGUUGCUCUUUAUUUGACAAGCAGUUUGCCAAAACGGGGCGGAUGAGCUGUGUAUGUAAGGUGUAUUUUACAAGCGCCAAGCCGCCCUCAAGGCAAUGACGCCUUUCCAAGUAGCUUCUCUUGAAAUGUUGUUCUUUUCGCUUGAAUCGAAAGAUGAUCUUUUUUUAUUUUUUUCACGUGAUAGUUUUUUUUAAGAUAACACCGAAAAGAAGUCUGAAAUUAAUUUGCCCAAUAUUACCCGGCCCUGCUGAUGAAUUAUUUGGUUCAACUCUUGUUCUACAAAUGUAUUACCGUAUUGGCCCAAAUAUAAGACGGCCCUGAUUAUAAGACGACCCCCUCUUUUUCAAGACUCAACUUUGAAAAAAGUCUUUUUGAACACCAAAUUAAUUUUUAUACAGAAAAUAAUCACAGUACAUCCGAAACAAAUGAUAAUAUAUUUGAGAGAAAAAGCAUGUUAUUUUGCCUCAUUCAAAUCUUAAUAUCUGAACAUUUAAAUAUGUAAACUAAAGUGCAAUCACAUUUGUAAAUGAAUGGCUUCUGGUUUUUAAAAUGUAAAUAAACCAAUCUAUUGUCAUAAAACAAAAUUGCAAUAACUGCAUUAACCAUCAAAGUGAAGUCUAACUGUAAUUGUAGUCUUGAAACAAAUCUGAAUAAGGAAAAACAUUGCAAUAAAAGAAUGCAAACUGGUUAAACUAAAAGAGUAGCUGAGAUUUGUCAUGACAGAACAUCGCUUCAAUGAUAUCUGGCGCCAUCUAGCGACGUGAAUGGGGAGAGUAGCUGAGAUCUGUCAUAACUAG